AUGCGCAGUGGCUUCCCUCGGCAGCUUCAGCUGAGCUGUACGGCAGCUGUGGAGAUCAACCGGUUCGACGACACAUGGAUCCCCAGUGAGAGAAGCGAGUGCUCCGGCCAGGAGGGGGGUGGAAGAGGUGCACAAAUGGCUCUAUGCUCUGAGGUUUGUGCUUCAGGCUCAGGAGGAGACUCCUCUGGCAGCGAGGGGGGGUCCAGCUGUCUUCAGUUUGGGGUCCGUUCCUACCUGCAUCACUUCUAUGAGGAAUGCUCGUCCUCCAUGUGGGACAGAGACCCGGAGAAUCUGGGGUUGGCUCAGAGCCAGAGGUCAGCCCUGUGGUGGAACUCAGCAGUCUGGAAGGUGUCCUUGGCACUGGGUUUUCUGGUUCUGACUGCAGGCAUCGUGUCCCUCUCAGUCAAGUUCUCCACCCCCCACAAAAUCGAGUCUUUCGGAGAAGGAGACCUGUUCUUUGUGGACAGCCAGGCCAUCAGCUUUAACAGGGGGCUGUACCUCAGCUUUGCGGCCGGGAUCUGCUUGUCCUGCCUGGGCUCUGCGCUGGUGGUGAUGGGGGUCGCUGUCUGGAUCCUCCCCAGGACCAACUUGAAAGAAAGGCUGUUCCAAAGGUCGAGAGAAGGGGAACAGAGAGAAGAGGCAGGGUCAAAGUUGAGAGGAUUUAGGGAUGCUGGGGAUGUGAUUACUAAUCCUCCAGAUACAGAGGACAGGAAGAUUCCCUUUACUCUGUCAAAAGUGAAAAAUGUGCAGCCAUCUUAAAAAAACAGACACAGCUGUCUUACAGGUUGCACGAGCUUGUGAUCUUGUUUACAGUAUAUGGUCUCUCCAUUGUCUGUGAUCUGUUUUAUAAAACUACUGUGACCCAUUACGACCUGACGGGACGUGUUUUAAGGCUCAAUGCAGCAUCUGUGUUGCAUCCACACUUUAAAGACACAAAAAGGAUUUCUGAAAUAUUAAUACACAUAAGAGGAGAAUCACUAAUAUAGGCUAGAAGCUAAACAUCGCUACAGUAUUAUGAUUUCUUUCUUUUGUGAAAAAAAAUGUGAAGGCUUUUUGUUUAACAAAACCUUGGGUCGUAAAGGUAAAGUGAGCUGAAGAAUCAAUGUUUAAACAGAAGAUCUGGAUUCUUUUCAAUAGAUGCAAAUUAAAUAGCGUGAAGAAGGCUGAACAAAUCACACAGUGACCUUGAUGCUUUUGUUCCUUUAUGCCUGACAUCAUAGAGACAUAGUAGUCGCCUAUAGGCUCUUUGUUUAGUGCACAUGUGCUGUUUUUGAAAGGGACACAGAUCAAUCCAUUCCAAAACAAAAUUUUAAGACCAGUUGAAAAAUGAAUUCACAUUUUGCACUGUUGCAUUUUAAGAAGGUUCCAAGUGGAGUUUUGGUAUGCAGAAAGAAAUGGGAGUGAGACAAACUUAGAAACUUCUUGUGAUUCAACCGUGCAAAACGUGAGUUCUUGACAUUUUUCAACUGGUCUUAAAAUUUUGAUCAGGAGUGUAGCUCAUUGGGUGGAACUGUAAUGAAUGAUCAAACUGAAUUCACACAAAUAUUGGUGACCUUUCCAUAAUGUGGAAGGUUUUAUGCAUCAGGAUAUAAAGGAACAAUAACGAUUUGUGUCACUAUUUAUUUAACAAAAACUAUGCCAGUUUGUUUUAUUUUCACUGCCAUAAAAAGCAGGCUGAUUCAUGAAAAUCCCUGUGUUUGUAUGUGAAUUGGUUUGUCUGUCUGUUAGAAAAAUAACUCCUGAAGUCAUGAAUAGAAAUUGAGUGAAAAACAAAGUUACAAAAAUUGGCUACAGCUCAGUCAGUUCUAAUGAAACUGAGUUAAAAUGUGUGGUAGUAGCUGAAAAUGUUCCUCCUCACUAAGAGAUCAAGCUAAUAUUUUGUCUACACUGCAAAAAAAUCCAUCUCAUUAUUUACAAUCUUAUUAUAUUACAUUAUAUUAUUUUCUUAUUUCGAGACAUCUUACCAAGUGCUACUAGCUUACUGCACUGGACGAUUAUUUCACUUAAUUUGAGAAGAUUCAGACUAGUUUUAGAUGGAUAUUUUUUGCACUGUAUAAAACGUUGCUUUAGCUUCAACAUCCCAGAACAUUUUACUCAGGCUGAGGUCCUAACUGAUUCUUUUUCUCGUCAGUUAUUCUGGUGUCAUCUUUUUGUUGCACAGCCCAAUUUCAGACUCGUAAAAGUAGCAUUUAACUCUUUCCCAAUUUAAUUAAGUGUGAGUCAUGAAACUCACACCAUCGUGCCUAAACAUUGGGAUUAGAAAUUUGUAUUUAUCUGCAGAGUGUAAUAUUCAGCUAAACGUGUAGUUCUGCCUUAUGGUAAAAAUAAAAAUACAGAUUUUAGGGAAAACAUUGUUGCAAAUAUCUUGUUCAAUUGUGUUUGUGUUUUUUUCUAAGAAAGAAUGAUUUUAUUUAGAAGAGUUAUAUUGUCAUAAAUUUAACAAUGUUCUUACUAAGGCCUGUAUAGUCUAAGAUUGUUUUAGAGUAUUGCACAGUCUUUCCGUAAAGUGAUGAAAAAGACCACUUGUAGGAAGCCUGAUAAAUGUGUUGAAUGUUUUCUACUCGCGCCACAUUAUCCUCAUUGUAGAAAAAUGAACACAUUGUUUGUGUAUUUUUGUCUGAAUAAACAAUGAUGCAAUGUAA